AUGAGGGCUGUGCCUACGCCAAGGAAGUCCAAGUCUCGUUUUGUGCGGCGAAAGGCUGGCCAAUUGUACCAGGUUGUUUCGUGUCGUAAGAUUCGGCGCAAAUACAAUCUCCACCAUUUACAUCAGUUGCACCGUAAAAAUACUAGAUAUUCAAGACAACAGCAAGAACACUUGAAUGCUCUCACGACACCAUUGACUUUGGAAGAUUUUAUUAAUUUAAGCUCGGGGCCCGAAUCGCCUACGGCUAAACACAAACCAUUAUUGAUAGCAUCAUUUCCAAAUGGAUGUGCCAGGUCUCCCAGAGUUAAACUUCUGCAGAAAAAUAUCUUUUCAAAACUACGGAUUAGUCGUCGACGUUAUCGUCUUCGUAACUAUAAUCCUGGUUUGGUGAAGUUUCAUGCUCAGGACCCGCCUAGUGUUGAUGAAGAUUGUUUUCGAAGCUCUCGCCUCAUCAAACGACAAGCUUCCAAGUACGCCGACGUCAAAUUUAACUUCGAGAGGCAGAACGUUGUGAAAACAAUCUGCAUACCAUUUGAGAACUUGGAAGGUCAUGGACCUAGAUUUUUGGAAUUUGAUCCCGAACGUAGCAUUCGACUGGACGACUUCCCCUCUCUUCGUUUCGCUGGGAAUGCAAUACAUGAUGACAAGCGACCUCAAUUGACUCAGCUCGAAGCUGGGCCUGGGAUAUUUUCACUAAUGAAGCGUAAAGUUAAAUUAAAGGUGGAACAAUUGCAGUGGUGCGUAAGCGAGCGCAUGCCUAGAAUAUCAUUCUUGGAGUAUCCGGACGUUAUUAUUAUGAGCAAAGUUAGUCUCCCUAAUGAUUCAGGGCCCAAUCUAGGGGAUGCUGGAGUACAAACGCUCCAGGAAAAGCUGAACGCACUAGUCGAGGCCUCAAGGCUGGCAGGCGUUACUCUAAAUAGUUACACGCGGAUGCUGCAAAAGUUAGAGACAGUUUCGCCUAGUACCACUCGGACGCUUCGAUUAGCCGUAGCCAGACACAUCGUUAAAUGA